UCUGCGGCAGGAGAGCUCUCUGGUCAGAAUCGACUGCAAAAUCCUCCCUUAUCAAACGCCAUCUUGUGACAUCAGGUGCUUUUUGUAAAGAUUACGGUUCGCACGUUAAAGACCAAUCCUCGUGAAUAAUGGUGAAGCUGGGGAGUAACUUGAACGAAAAAAAUACCAAGCAAUCCUGUAGUGAUGAUAAUUUUCACACCGUCCCCUUGAUCACACCCUUGGAUGUGAAUCAUCUGCAGUUCCCUGCUCCAGACAAGGUUGUGGUGAAAACGAGAACCGAAUUCCAGUCAGAUCAAAAGAACAAAGGAAAACUGAGGGUACCGAAAAUAGCUGAAUUCACAAUCAGCUUCAACGACGGUGUAUCGGAAAGGCUCAAGGUCACUAUUCUCAUUUUUCUUGCACUUGCAUUUCUUGCUUGUAUUGUGUUCCUUGUGGUAUACAAAGCCUUCACCUAUGAUCACAGUUGCCCAGAUGGAUUUGUGUAUAAGCAUAAACGCUGUAUACCAGCAUCUCUUGAAGCCUACUAUUCAGCACAAGACUCUACUUCUCGAGGGCGAUUCUACACAGUCAUCAGUCAUUACAGCCUGGCUAAACAAACUACUUCCCGGUCAGUUUCUCCAUGGCUGCCUGCUGCAUCAGUUGAGAAACCAGCAGAACAUGAUUCAAAAUCCUCAAGCAGUGACAGUCACUGAACAACUUCUCUGGGCGUGACGUUUUUUUCAAAACAUAAAACUAAUUGAAAGGUGUUAAGGUUGCUAAUAAUGGACUGUUGUUUCAGUUCCAAAACAAAGCAGUAUUUGGAUUAUAUGAUAGUUGUUUCUUUUGUCCCUUGUCCUUGUUGAUUUGUAAUUGAUUCUGAAGUUUUUUUGUACAAAGGCAUGUUUGGUGUUGCUGCACUUCACAUUAUAAACACAUUUUUAAAUAGGCUACAUGUCUUUAAUGAAUUUGUUUAAUUGAAUUUCAGAAAUAGCCUUCAUGGUGUUCAGUGAGCUCUCUCCCGAAGACAAGUUAGUGCACAUUUGUUCAUUUUUUAAGUAGAGCAUUUCCUGCAUGAGCAGUUUAUGUGCAUGAAAUUUUGCACGUUUGGCUGACGUGUACAGUUAUAAUCAUAUGAUGUUGUCACCCUCAGUGGCUGCACUUUUUUAGAAAUAAAACAGAUAAGACAAGGUUAUGUACUUUAGCCAUUGGCUGAAGAGCAGUUGAUAAACUAUAGUUCUCCUACAACUGCAGAUACUUGAGUGCUCUGUAGUUCCUGCAUACUACAAUAAUGCUUAUACUUGGAAAAGGAUAGAGUGGUUGACUGCUGUACAUAUGAAUUCUUGAUAUUAAGGAUGCAGUAUGGGGAUUUGUACAUUAGAUUUCACAUGAAUUAUCAGAUUUGUAGCUGAAGCUUAGUAGAGAAUUGUAAUGAUUAGUAAUUAACACAAGUGCAGAGUCAUCUUUCUCAUGUUUUCAUAUGUAUUAUUACAUUGUCAAUUGUGUUGAUUUUCAGC